UCCUCUUCAGUCUUUCUUGUAGCCACCUCACACACUCGUUCCUCUCUCUCUCUCGCUCUCCCACUCCCAUAAAUGCAGUGACACUUGCAUUCUGUGUGUGCAUGCGUGUUUGUCCGAGUGAGAGAGUCGAAAUAGAAAGUGAGGGAGUGGGGGGGAGAGAGGGAGUUGGAGAGAAAGAGAAAGACAAGGAGGGGUGGGAGCGCGUGCGCGCGUGUGUUUAAGCUAGCUACUCACAGAAAAGAAGGAAUAAGAAAAUUGAAGUAGCCGCCAUAUGCUGAGGAUUUUGGUGAAUGCCUUGCUGAGGAGACACGCUCAUUUUUCAGGCGGAUCCUAAGAGAUGGGAAGCUCACAUUUGCUGAACAAAGGCUUGCCUAUAGGCAUCAGGCCUCCCAUAAUGAAUGGGCCCAUGCACCCUCGUCCUCUGGUGGCACUGCUGGAUGGGCGGGACUGUACGGUGGAGAUGCCCAUCCUGAAGGACGUGGCCACCGUGGCCUUCUGUGAUGCCCAGUCCACCCAGGAGAUCCACGAGAAGGUGUUAAAUGAAGCAGUGGGUGCUCUCAUGUACCACACCAUCACCCUGAUGAGGGAGGACCUGGAAAAGUUCAAAGCACUUCGUAUAAUUGUACGCAUUGGGAGCGGCUUUGAUAAUAUCGACAUAAAGUCUGCUGGAGACUUAGGUAUAGCAGUCUGCAACAUGCCAGCAGCUUCAGUAGAGGAGACAUCAGACUCCACCAUGUGUCACAUCCUGAACCUGUACCGACGCACCACCUGGCUGCACCAGGCUCUCCGGGAGGGCACGCGGGUCCAAAGUGUGGAACAAAUCCGAGAGGUCGCGUCUGGGGCGGCCCGGAUCAGAGGAGAGACGCUGGGGAUCAUUGGCCUAGGUCGUGUUGGACAGGCGGUGGCGCUGAGGGCCAAAGCAUUCGGUUUCAACGUGAUCUUCUACGACCCGUACCUGUCUGACGGGAUGGAGCGAGCCCUGGGGCUACAGAGAGUCAACACCCUACAGGACCUGCUCUUCCACAGCGACUGUGUCACCUUACACUGCAGUCUCAAUGAGCACAACCAUCAUCUCAUCAACGACUUCACCAUCAAACAGAUGCGUCAAGGCGCCUUCCUAGUGAACACUGCACGUGGUGGUCUGGUGGAUGAGAAAGCUCUGGCCCAGGCUCUGAAAGAGGGCAGAAUACGGGGAGCUGCCCUGGACGUCCACGAAACAGAGCCCUUCAGUUUCAGCCAAGGUCCUCUUAAAGACGCCCCCAACCUGAUCUGCACCCCUCACGCAGCCUGGUACAGCGAGCAGGCCUCUAUUGAGAUGCGGGAGGAGGCGGCGCGGGAGAUCCGGCGAGCUAUUACCGGUCGCAUUCCAGACAGCCUGAAGAACUGCGUGAACAAAGAGUUCCUCACACAGACCACGCACUGGGCUGGCAUGGACCCUUCUGUUGUUCAUCCAGAACUCAAUGGGACCUAUAGACUUGGAAUUAUGCGUUUCCAUAUCAACAGUAUCAAUACCGAAAUGAAUCUGCAGCAGUCAGGUACCCUCCAGGCGUAGUGAGCCUCGCUUCAGGGGGUCUACCUCCGCCAGUGGAGGGCAUCAUGCCAAGUACCGUGCCCAUAACCCACAGCCUGCCUACCGUAGCCCACCCUCCACACGCCCCAUCACCCGGCCAAACCGGCAAACCCGAACCCGAUAGAGAGCAGCACCCCAACGAACAGUUGUAGCCCCCCUCUUCAAAGGUUCUCUGUACCACUAUAGAACUCUCCUGGUCCUUCUUUACCCCAAAGAAGAGGAGCGGAAACAAGCUCCCGGGCUCAGAACCAGCCACUAAAAACAACCACGACUCCAAAGUAGCCAACUCUUUGACUGAAGCUGGUGGACUGCGCUCUUUGAAGUAUCUAGUGGGAAAAAAACAACAACAAAAAAGAGAAUACCGUGUGGAUUUCAAACAAAGUUAACUUCUCCCUGAUGCAAAAUCCUGCUGUUUUAGAUUGUAGUCUGUCCAAGUGCAGUGGGCGAUCUUUUAUCUGUUAUUUUGUCUGUCUAAUGGGUUUCAUUGUUAAAACAACAGUAGCUAUUACAUGAAUGUAACCUGUUUGUGUACAGUUUUUAGGACAUGAUUAAUGGUUUGUAGACGAGAAAAAAACUGAAACCGCAUUAAAGGAGGCAUGUCACCACCUGAUAAAAGAUACGAUAAAAAGCAUAUUAGUUUUGCUCGUUUUAUUUUAAAAGCCCCGAAAGAGGCGGGAUUUGCACACCCUCUCAGGAAAAUUUAUUUCCCCCCCUUCCCCUUCCUUCCUUUUAAAUUAAACCACAUAGUGCAUUGUUUUUGUACCCAUUUGUCUUUUUGUAGUCAAAAUUCAGUACAGUACUUUAAAAGAACUACACUCAGUAUGUUUUUAUUUUUGGAGCAUGUAUUACCUUAUGUGUUAAAGGUUAAAAAAGAAAACAGAAAAAUGUUCAGAUUUUGAACAAAAAGAAAAAAACAAAACAAAUUUGUCUUGUGCAAAGCUGGCGUAAUGCUUGCCUGUUUGUGUGUGACUUGAUUGUACCGUGUUUUUCGAGGAUGCCGGGAUAGUUGCAGCUCUCCAUCGCCUACAUAGUUUCCUUCCUGGUAAAGUGGUAGGCUAGCAAUAUACAUACUAUAUAUACUAUGAGAUAUUAAUAUUUUUUGUUAAACAGAAUCCAAAAAGAAAUGUUUGUGACUGUAUGCAUUUGUAUGAAUUAUUUUAAAUGAAAUAAAAGUCCGAGUUAAACGACA